AUGAAGCUCAUUUUCUUCAGUAACAAGUUCCCGACCGAGGAGCCCUCUGAUAUCUUUCGACAACUACGGCGGCAAAGCAGAUCGGAUUCACAUAUCAUUCUGCGUCAACUGUUGAAGGAGACUACUCUUGCCGUCCGUGAUGAAAUUCGACUACUCCCUGCUGAGCUGCGAAGCUGCUUGCCACCGUUCAGGUGCAUUCUGGACCUUGCAGAGCACUAUGAUUGGCAUCGAGGACCGUUGUCCGGUACAUUCGAAUGCGUAUUCCUGUGUCUAUCCUCGCUCGGUCUGUUUGUUGGGGACUACGAAGGACGAGCCCAUGAAUUCAGUUUCACACAAGAAAACACGGUGGUCACCGGGUUGGGGCUAGGUUUCCUGGCUGCUACUGCAGUCAUCGCAUCACCCUCCCUGAGCGACUUCCCACAUGUAGCGGCAGAUGUCAUUCGAGUCGCAAUAAGAGUAGGCCUCGUUGUCUACCAAACAUCCCAGGAUCUUGAUCCUAAAGGCUUGGAUGCGCCCUUGCGAAGCUGGACGACGCUAGUGAAGGGGCUGGGUGAGGAGGCGAUCCAGCGUGAGCUUGAACACUUCAACGAGUCUACUGGUGCCAUUGGUCCGGGUCGCCUAUACAUCAGUGUUGUGGAGCCGGAUGGCAGCGUCUUUGUCAAUGGUCCUCCGAGCAGGAUGCAGACCCUUUUCAAGGGAUCAGGCCUGCUCGCAUCGGCACCGCGUGCACCACUCCCCGUGUAUGGUGGGCCGUGCCACGCAUCGCAUUUGUAUGACCGGAGCCAUGUCUCGUGGGCCCUACAGCAUGUGCGUGCGGACAUUGCGCAGCGAUCCUGCUUUGGCGCUGCACGUCUCCUCUCAAUGGAGGAUGGCCAGCCGCUGGGCGCUAAUACGGUCUUGGAGCUUUUAGAAAACGCCACGCAGAUUCUCCUGACAAGUAUUAUCCGGUGGGGGAGGGUCGUGGCUGCCUUGAAAGAAGAUCUGUGGCAAACCGGCCCGCAAGGCGAACAGAGCGAGGAAGCCACGACGGACCUUCGCAUCGAGAGCUGCAGAUCCCCUCCAGUCGUUGAGGGCUUGGGGUCUACUUUGCGCGAAGCCCAUCCAGACCUUUCAAUAACAGCCCAUGACCUCGCAGGAUGGCUUUCAACAGUGCCAACUGAACAUUCUAAAAAUGGCGACGAUACUAAGAUUGCAGUUGUCGGCAUGUCUUGUCGCUUACCCGGAGGCGCUGAUGAUCUCGAGCGCUUCUGGCAAAUCCUCGAAGAAGGCCAGGAUGUCCACCAGCAUGUCCCCGCAGACCGCUACGAUGUUCAGACCCAUACGGAUCCAACUGGCCGUCGCCCCAAUACCAGCCAAACUCCCUUUGGCUGUUUUAUCGAGAAUCCCGGUCUGUUUGACGCGAGCUUCUUCGACAUGUCCCCAAGGGAAGCGGGACAAACAGACCCUACACAUCGUUUAGCGCUGCUCACAGCAUACGAGGCACUCGAGAACUCCGGCUACGUUCCUGAUCGCACAUUUUCGACCACGCGACAGACGGUGGGGACGAUUUACGGCCAGUGCUCGGAUGACUACCGCGAGGCCAACGCUGGGCAGGAGAUUGACAUGUACUUUAUCCCUGGAAACUACCGAGCCUUUGCACCGGGACGAAUCAGUUACUUCUUCAAAUUCUCUGGGCCCAGUUUCAGCUGUGACACGGCGUGCUCAGCAAGCUUGGCAGCGGUUCAGAUCGCCUGCGCGGCCCUUGGUCGCGGGGAGGCGAACAUGGUCGUUGCUGGAGGGUUAAAUAUCAUCACCAGUUCAGACAGCUUUGCGGGUCUGAGUCGUGCAUACUUUCUGUCCAAGACCGGUGGUUGCAAGGUAUUCGACGAGGGUGCAGAUGGCUACUGUCGCGCUGACGGAGUCGGGUCUUUGGUUCUCAAGCGCCUUCCCGACGCACAGAAGGAUAACGACAACAUCCUGGGCGUGAUUCUGGCCACUGGGACCAAUCACUCCUCUGCGGCCGUCUCACUCACCCAUCCUCAUGCACCGACCCAAGAGAGGCUAUACCGCUCUGUACUGAGUGAGGCAGGUAUCAGUCCGUUGGAUGUGGAUCUGGUUGAGAUGCACGGCACAGGGACACAGGCAGGGGAUGCCGCUGAAAUGGAAUCGGUCACAAAUGUUUUCAGUUCGUCUGAUGGUCGCGGUGCUCGCCGCUCAGAGACAUUGCAUAUCGGCUCCGUCAAGGCAAAUCUGGGCCACGGGGAAGCAGCAGCUGGGGUCACUGCACUCAUCAAGGCCCUUCUCAUUCUCAAGCACAACGCCAUACCGAAACACGUCGGGAUCAAGACCCAGUUAAAUUCCAAGUUUCCGGAUCUGGGGCGGCUGAAUGUUCAUAUACCCACCGACACGAUUCCUUGGCCUCGGCGUGCUGACCGCAAACGAUACGUCAUGGUCAACAACUUUAGCGCCGCGGGUGGGAAUACAAGUCUUGUUGUAGCGGAGCCUCCUGAAAGACCCCCGCCAGACCCCAUGGGGUGGCCUGGAAUGGGCUUUGUGGUCUGCGUCUCAGCAAAGAGCGGCAUCUCCUUACAUCGCAACCUGAAGCGUCUGAUAGCCUAUAUUGAAGACCAUUCCACGUCCAUCCACCUUCCCAGCUUGUCCUAUACCAGCACAGCUCGUCGCAUACACCAUGUCCACCGCAUUGCUGUUCAUGGAUGCUCAAUUGAGGAGGUGCUCAAGAGCCUCCGACUGAGACUUCCGGAAACGACGGACGCUGCCCAGCAACGCGCAAUGCCUGUGGGGGCCAUGGCAGCCCCUCGUAUCGCGUUCGUCUUCUCUGGCCAGGGAAGCUUCUACAAAGGAAUCAGCCGCGCCUUGAUAGAGCACUACCCGCCUUAUAAGAAGGAAAUACAACGGCUAGAUCGACUCUGCUUGCUACAUGGAUUUCCAUCCAUCCUUCCAGGGCUCGAGCUCGGCGGCCAUGACGUUGCCAAUCUGACUCCAAUUGUAGCACAACUCACGACAGUCUGUGUACAAGUGGCUUUAUACCGGUUGUGGACCUCCCUGGGAGUCGCACCGCAUAUCGUUAUUGGCGCCAGCAUUGGCGAGUAUGCUGCUCUUCAUGCUGCCGGGGCUCUCUCAGCCAGCGAGAUAAUCUACCUGGUCGGGCACCGAGCACUUCUCAUGCAGGAGAUUUGUACCGCAAAUACACACACCAUGCUAGCUGUACAGGCCACUGUUGAGCAGGCCAGGCAGUGCGCUCAUGAUAGCUCACUAUACGAAGUAGCCUGCGUCAACUCUCCCAACAGUAUCACACUCGCUGGAACUAUAGCCAACAUCGAUGCCAUGAAGAUCUCGCUGGAGUCGCAGGGCUAUCGCACUGCGCCACUGAAUGUAGCUUAUGCAUUCCACUCGUCGCAUAUUGAGCCGACCAUGGACCGAUUCGAUGCGCUUGCGGUUCGGGUAAGCACUCGCCCGCUGAAGAUCCCCCUCAUCUCUCCGCUGCUCAGGGAUACCAUCUAUGCCGGGCAGGAGCUACCAGAAACAUACCUGAGAGACGCCACGCGACAAACAGUGCACUUCUGGGAAGCGCUCGAGAACGCAUGUGAGCAAGAUCUGAUCCCACCGAAAACGGCCUUCGUAGAGAUCGGCAUCCAACCAACCUACAGCAGCGCAGUUCGAGCUAUUGUCCCCGACACAGCUGCAAUCGUUUCUACUCUGCGGUCUGAUGAGGAUAAUUGGAACACGUUAACGGGUAGUAUGGCCAAGCUCUAUGAAGCCGGUGUUCCUCUGGGCUGGAAUGAGUUGUAUAAGCCGUAUGAGUCGGAGCUGGGACUUCUCGAUCUCCCAACCUACCAGUGGAACCUGAAGAACUAUUGGAUCCAGCACAACGGAGAUUGGUUACUUACUAAGGACCGAGCGCCGUGUACUUCGGAUAGUGCUGUUGUCGGAAAGCGUGCGCCUGCUGGCCUUCGCUCUCCGCUUGUACACAGGAUCGUCGAGGAAGAUUUGUCGUCUGGCAGAGCCAAAGUUGUCGUGGAGUCGGAUGCUCAUGACGACGAGUUCUUUGCUGUCGCUUCAGCGCACAAGAUGAGUGGACGACCGGUGGUGUCGGUGUUCUCGUAUCCGGACAUGGUUUUGUCUCUAGCCAAAUACAUAUACAGCAGGAUCAGGCCCAACACCGCGCCACCAGGAAUGGACUUUGGCGGCGUACAUAUCCUCCAGGGCUUACUGCCAUGGAAUAAUCGAAGUCAACCCCAAAUGGUCCGGUUACGAAUCGAGACACCAAAUCUUCAUGAUACUCGGGCGGAGAUGUCGGUCGCCAUCUACCUAGCAACGGACGAGGAGCAGUUGGCAACAGGAUCUGUCACAUUUGGAGACCACACUCACUGGGCAAAGGAAUGGGAAAGCAUUGCUUAUCUGGUAACAAGUCGCAUAGAGGCUCUCCAUACACUUGCAAGAGACGGGCAAGCAGACCGCUUCACGAAGGCGAUGGUUUACCUGCUCUUCAAGAACAUCGUCGACUAUUCUCCUCCCUACCACGGGAUCCAGUCCGUCGUCGUACACGGGCUGGAGGCCGUGGCUGAUAUUAUCCUAACCCCUACACCCGAGGGGCGAUGGUCAUCUGCACCACCAAAUCACAUUGAUAGCAUUGCGCACGUUGGUGGAUUUGUACUCAAUGCCGGACAUGCAACCAACCACGUUGAGACUAUGUAUGUCAUGGAGGGCUGGAAGUCCAUGCGGUUCGCCAAACCGCUCGUGGCAGGGACCCCCUACCGCUCAUACGUGAAGAUGGUCCCUGCUGCAGAUGGCUCGGGCUUCUUCAGUGGAGAUGUCUAUCUCCUUGAUGCAGAUACUGUUAUCGCGUUGAUCGGUGGGAUGACUCUCCGCCCCCUGCCGAGGAUUCUGAUGGGGCGGUUCUUCGACCCUCCAGAUCCUCGACCCGUUGAUGCUACCACAAGGAUGCAGAUACAAACACAGACAGAGCCACCGCCGACGGCAACAACACCGUUGACCCCUACCAGCGACUCACUGACAAAUGCAUCGCCCUCAGUCCGAUCCGCAGACACGCCUGCUACCCCACCGGAUCUAACUCCAGAAAACAAGAUAUUGAGCGCUAGCUCAAGGGACCCCGCGAAGACAAACAAAGCUCUCGCCCUCAUCGCCUCGGAAACUAGGGUCGAUCUGCAGGAGCUAACAGACGAGACGCAUCUCUCGCAGAUGGGGAUUGAUUCUUUGCUUUCUUUGGUUCUGGUCGAGAAGUUUGCGCUGGAAUUGAAUAUCCACUUGCAGCCGAGCUUUUUCCUCGAGUCACCCACUAUUGGUAUGAUUAAGGCGCAGCUUGCGGGGUAG